AUGGCAAACGUUCGUGACUGGAGAGGGGACGAGCUGUCUCUAACCUCGUUCUAUUAUUCUAUUCCCCGGGUGACAAGAACUUGGCUGACUGCUGCCACUUUAUUCACCCUUGCCUGUGGUCUGGGUUUCGUUCCGUUUGGGGCGGUACUUCUUGACUGGGAUCGGGUCCUUCGAAAGUACGAGAUCUGGCGGCCGUUGACAGCGUCAUUUCUUCUGGGGCCGCUCGGCUUGAAUUUCCUGUUCGAUCUAGUGUUUCUUUAUCGCUUCUCAAAAUCCCUCGAAACCGGAGUCUUCAUGGGCUCUUCCGCUGAGUACACUUGGAUGUUGGUAGUAAUCGAGUUUUUCUUGUGUUUGGCCUCAAUGGUCUUGGUACCACUUCCGAUUCUCGGCAGAUGUUUAAUGAUGGCCAUAAUGCAUGUAUGGUCGCGAAAGUUUCCACGUGAACGAGUUCAUGUCUUUGUCUUUGCCGUCCCCGCUGCGUACCUUUCUUUCGCGCUUUUGGCAAUUAAUACGCUGCUCGCAGGACGGCUCGAUAUCCCAGGCAUCGUUGGCGUGCUCAGUGGUCACCUCUUCUACUUCUUGGAUGCGAUAUAUCCAUCGCUUCAUGGACACCAAAGAGCGGGAAUCACCAAAACGCCCAGUUGGAUGUACCGACUGUUUGGAGAACGUCCACGCAACCAACCUCGCAAUCAGAGAAACGAAAUAACUCAGCCCCGCAGCGCUUCCAUUCUUUCACAAAUACGGGGGCAUCACUGGGGUACUGGCCAAAGACUUGGCUCUGCUGAGGAUAUAGAUUCAUGA